AUGUGUCAAGCCGUUCUCGACCCGAAAAAUCCAUCCUGCCCUACCGGAUUGACCUGCUAUUUGCAUAACAAGACGAAUGGCUGCUAUGGGCCACCACCGAAGCCUUGUGAAGAUGCGGAUGAGAACUGCGCAAACUGGGUGAAAAACGGUUUCUGCACCGAUCCGUACUACGCAAAGUCGAAGGCCGACUACUGCGCGAAGAGCUGUGGGCUUUGCUAUGAUACGUGCGCGGACAAGAGCGCCAGCUGCAAAAACUGGAAGGCGAACGGCUUCUGCGAGAACGCGCUCUACGACUCGAUCAAGAAGGACUACUGCUCGGCAACCUGCGGGCUCUGC